UACCCCUAUUGCGAGUUCCCAUACCGUCCCCUAUUUACCCUCUUCGUACCCUGCGGAACACUCGCUACUCACCCCCUUGAGAUCUAUACGGAUCACAAGAACUUAGAGUACUUCUCUACAACCAAGGUCCUUAAUCGACGACAGGCAAGGUGGGCUGAGUCUUUGGCGGAAUUUGACUUUAAGAUUAUUUACCGCCCGGGAACCAAAAAUGGGAAGGCAGAUGCACUAUCGCGACGGCCGGAGUACCGUCCUGAAGGGGGAGGCACGCUUGGGAAACAGCCGAUAGACUGGUUCUUUAAGCCUGGACAGUUGGCGGAGGAAGAGUUUGUGGUAUCAGCGGUGUCGCUUGCCUCCAAGGGGGUGAUUGACUGGUCUAAGAAUUUUCUGGAUCAUGUCAGGCAGGCGGCAUCGGGAGACCCGAUAUGGGUAGGAUUGAAAAAGAGAGUUGAGCAGGGAGAGAAGCUGGGGGAACUAAAGGAUAUUGCUGAGAAAGACGGGUUACUCUUUUAUAAGAACCGACUCUACAUUCCGGCAGAUGACCGCAUCAAGAUCCGAAUCGCACAGGCAGAACACGAUUCGAAGGUGGCAGGACACUUUGGACAAGACAAAACUUUGGAACUCAUCACGCGUAACUUCUAUUGGCCAAAAAUGAACGAGUGGAUUGAUGAUUAUGUCCGGUCAUGUGACGAGUGCCAGCGCAACAAACCCAGCCGCCACAAGAAAUACGGUGCGCUUCUACCACUGUCCACGCCACAUUCUGUCUGGCAAUCGAUAUCAAUGGACUUCAUUGUGCAGUUACCGGAAUCAAAGGGAUAUAACCAAAUUUGGGUAGUAGUCGAUAGGUUCUCGAAGAUGUCGCAUUUUAUCCCCCUAGUAGCAGAAACGACCGCGCAGGAUCUAGCGAAGAUAUUCCUCGGUCAAAUCUGGCGACUCCAUGGCCUGCCCCUUGAUAUAGUUUCCGACAGGGAUGCCAAGUUUACUUCAAGCUUUUGGGCAUCCCUUAUGGAAUUAUUGGAUGUGAGGAUAAGAAUGAGUACGGCUUUCCACCCUCAGACCGAUGGGCAAACAGAGCGGGUCAACCAAACGCUCGAGCACUACCUACGAGCGUUCUGCAACUACGAGCAAGAUGAUUGGGCAGAGCUACUUCCGUUGGCGGAGUAUGCUUACAACAAUUCGGUUACCACCGCCACGGGUCAAUCUCCGUUCUAUACUAAUUACGGUUACAACCCAAGAACCAACUGGCCGACGGAAGCCGAAGUGGUCAACCCAACCAGUGAACUGUAUGCUCACUUCAUUCGAGGAGUUCACGAUUCUGCUCUCGCUCGCUUAACAGACACCAGGGAGAAGAUGGGGAAAUAUUAUGAUCGGAAAAGGGACGAACCGCCUAACUUCAAAGUGGGAGACAUGGUUAUGCUUAAUGCGACCAAUAUCAAGAAACGUCGUUCCACCAAGAAACUCGAUCAUCAGAAACUCGGUCCGUUCAAGAUUGUCCGACUAGCCGGAAAACGAGCCUGCAAAUUGGAACUGCCACCACAAGUCAAAAUCCAUAACGUGUUCCACAUUGAACUCUUGGAACGUUACCGACAGAGCAGUAUCCCAGGCCGUGAACAACGUCCCCCAACUCCCGAAGACGUCGAUAAGGAAGGAGAAGUUCUGUAUGAAGUGGAAAGUAUUGUGGGAAGCCGGAAAAGCAGAAGGGGAUUAGUGGAAUACCUGGUGAAAUGGCGGGGCUAUUCGAUGAGCGAGUGUACGUACCAAGUCAUGGAUGCUAUGAAUGAGGAGGUACUUGAUCUAGUCCGCGACUUUCAUCGGAGGAACCCCAAGGCCGUGAAGGACCAACGCCUGAGACUAUAG